CCAUGGAAACGAGAAGGGCCGUGGUGGCGAGGCGCGGCUCUCGCCCCACGUGGUGAAAUACUCAAAUACCUGGCUUGUCAUUUUCAGUCCCCCUUCCCACCACCCAAAACCCGUUCACCAUGUUGGCCUUCGUCUCCCUUCUUGCCCUUCCCUUCGUCCAUGCGCUUACUGUCAACAACCCGAACACUACCGUAUCCUCUGCGGGAGAACUCACCAUAACGUGGACCACGUCUGCCGGCGACCCCGAUACAUUCUCGAUUGAACUGAUUAAUCAAGGGUUUAAUCGACAGUUCGCCAUUGCAAACAAUGUGGAUACAGACCUUCAAUCCAUAACUCUGUCUCUACCUCAGGUUCCAACUGGGGAUGGCUUUACAAUCCAGCUCGUGAAUAUUUCCAACAUCAACGACGUUUUCGCUGAGACAGGCGACUUCUCCAUCGCUGCAGCCUCGUCCUCGUCUAUAAGUGCCAGCUCAACUGCAAGCGUCACCGCGCCAAUAUCUGGUUCGGUGAGCGCCACAGUAACGGGAUCCGCGAUCUCAUCUGGCGUCAGUGCUUCUGGUUCUGCCACUGGAUCUUCCGCCGGAACAGCUGCAUCAUCUGCAGGAUCUGCAUCUGCCUCCUCCACUGGGAGCUUCAACUCUGCUUCCAGACUUGAGCUAGGCUCAGCUGGCGUGUUGGCGGCGAUGUUGGGAUGGGUUCUCACUCUGUAAAUCAGGUUAUUUUUGUGAAGAAGAUGCCGCGUCCUUUUGUUGGACUGGCCUGGGAAAUUCUCAGGCUACCAACGGACAUUUUCUUCCUCUUUCACUAUCACGGACAUUUUUUCUCUUACGCAUUUGCAUGACCAAUCUGUACCGCUUAUGCUUACAGAUCACUGACGUACCAGUACAAUGACGCAUUCAUUUUAUGGUUUCAGGGCAUCAACGCGUGAGCCUUCCAACAUAAAAAU